UAUCUGAAGUUAAAGCUUGUAUUUGUGUCAUAGGUUGAAUUAAAGAAAAUAACUUUACCAGAGGAUGGCCACUGCACAACUGCAAAGAACUUCCACGAGUGCGUUGAUAUUUCCCCAUAAGAUAUCAACUGAGCAGCAGUCUUUAGUAUUAGUGAAGAGGCUCCUAGCAGUUUCAGUAUCCUGCAUCACGUAUUUGAGAGGAAUAUUUCCAGAAUGUGCUUAUGGAACAAGAUAUCUAGAUGAUCUUUGUGUCAAAAUUCUGAGAGAAGAUAAAAAUUGUCCAGGGUCUACACAGUUGGUGAAGUGGAUGCUAGGAUGCUAUGAUGCUUUACAGAAAAAAUAUCUAAGGAUGGUUGUUCUAGCUGUAUACACCAAUCCAGAAGAUCCUCAAACAAUUUCAGAAUGUUACCAAUUUAAAUUCAAGUACACCACUAAUGGACCAAUCAUGGACUUCAUAAGUAAAAACCAAAGCAGUGAAUCUAAUAUGUCAUCUGCUGACAUCAAGAAAGCAAGCAUUCUCCUCAUUCGCAAGAUUUAUAUCCUAAUGCAAAAUUUGGGACCUUUACCUAAUGAUGUUUGUUUGACCAUGAAACUUUUUUACUACGAUGAAGUUACACCCCCAGAUUACCAGCCUCCUGGUUUUAAGGAUGGUGAUUGUGAAGGAGUGAUAUUUGAAGGGGAGCCUAUGUACUUAAAUGUGGGAGAGGUACCAACGCCUUUUCACACUUUCAAAGUAAAAGUGACCACUGAGAAAGAACGAAUGGAAAAUAUUGAUUCAACUAUAUUAUCACCAAAACAAUUGAAAACACCACUUCAAAAAAUUCUUAUGGACAAAGAUGAUCUAGAAGAUGAACAGGAGCAUUAUGUAAAUGAUGAUUUUGACAUUGAAACUAAAAUGGAAGAACAGAAAAAAAAACCUAGAUCUUCUGAAUUUGGGGAACCAAAUAUAGUUUGUGAGAAAGAUGAAAUGAUGAGGUCUAAAGAAAGCCCAGAUCUUUCAAUUUCUCACUCUCAGGUUGAGCAGUUAGUCAGUAAAACAUCUGAACUUGAUGUGUCUGAAAGCAAAACAAGAAGUGGAAAAAUCUUUCAAAAUAACAUGGCUAAUGGAAAUCAACCAGUAAAAUCUUCUAAAGAAAAUCGCAAGAGAAGUCAACUGGAAUCUGGGAAAACAGUCCUUCAUCACUUUGAUUCUUCUAGUCAAGAGUCAGUGCCAAAGAGAAGAAAGUUUAGUGAACCAAAGGAACAUAUAUAAAACUUACUUUCGUCUUCUACAUAUUUGCAAAGUUCUCGAUGUUUAAACUAAAGGACACUAGAAUACUAUUUUAGGUGUCUUUGUCAUACCUCUGAAAACUUUUAUGUAGUCUUAAGCACUUAAUACACUAAAAUGAAUUCUUACCAAUCAUAAUGUGAACCUAACCUUAUCUAAGAUAAAUCCAAGAGAACUUUUGAGUAAAACCAAAAGUACCAGUGUCAUAAUUGAUUCUGUUCAUUAACUACUCAAUAUUACUCUAUCUUCCAUUUUGUUGGGCACUUCCUCUGAACAUAUAUUAACUUCUAAGGCCCUCUGAAGCCAUUUUUUGAAACAAUGUUUAUUUUGGUGUGAAAUUUUGAUAAGAAUUCACUUUUUACUAAUGUUAA